AUGAUGAUCUCAAAGGUUGUUAAACCACAAUAUUUGAUUAGACACUUUAGUACAGUUGGAGGUAAAGUACCAACUACACCAACACCAGAGUUCCCAGGUGAAUACCGUGAACCAAAGGUCAAGACUGUUAUCCCAGGUCCACAAUCACUCGACCUCUACAAAAAGUUGAAUGCAGUACAAGACCCACGUGCCACUCAUUUCUUUGCCGACUAUAGCAACUCGCGUGGCAACUAUAUCGCCGACGUCGAUGGUAAUAUCUUGUUGGAUUUGUACUGUCAAAUUGCUUCGAUCCCCAUUGGUUACAACAACCCCGAAUUGAUCAAGGCUGCCAAGUCUGACAAGUGGAUCUCGGCCAUUAUCAACCGUCCCUCACUCGGUGUGCUGCCACCCAAGGAAUGGCCAUCGAUCAUUCAAAACUCGUUUAUGGCCGUCGCACCCAAAGGUCUGCACAAUUACCCCCUCGCCGCACACGAAAAGGAGAAUCGUGCCGAGGAAGACCGUUGUCUCGCCGAGGUUGAGCAUCUCAUCAAGACGUGGCACAUCCCCGUCGCCGGUCUCAUCGUCGAGCCCAUUCAAGCCGAGGGUGGUGACAACUGGGCCACCCCAUACUUUUUCCAACAAUUGCGUGACCUCACCAAGCGUCACGGCGUCUCGAUGAUCGUCGACGAGGUGCAGACCGGUAUGGGUGCCACCGGCAAGUUCUGGGCACACGACCACUGGAACCUCUCUUCGCCACCCGACAUUGUCACCUUUUCCAAAAAGAUGCAAGCCGCCGGCUUCUACCACAACAUUGAGUUCCGUCCCUCCGAGAGCUACAGAAACUUCAACACCUGGAUGGGUGACCCCUUGCGUGCCCUCGAGCUCGAGGUUGUCGUCGAACAAAUCAAAAAGAACCACCUCCUCGACAAUGUCGCCAUCACUGGCAAGUACCUCAAGGACGGCUUGGACGAAUUCCAAACACGUUUCCCACACCUCCUCCGCAAUGUCAGAGGUCUCGGCACUUUCUUGGCUUUCGACCUCCCAUCACCACAAAUCAGAGACCAAAUCGUCAACUCGCUCCGUGCCAAGGGUGUCGAGACUGGUGGUUGUGGUACCGAAGCCAUUAGAAUGAGACCAAUGUUGAUUUGUCAACCAAAUCAUAUCAAUCAAUUCUUUGAUCGUUUUGAUACUACUUUAAAGGAAAUCAAGAAAUAA